AUGAAAAAGAAACCUUCUUCUGCUUGCUCUUCAAGUUCAUCCUCUCUCCUUCAUCAACAACAACAUACCAAAUUUCCUCCGAUUCAUAAAAGAGCAUCGUCAUCGCAGGCUUCUCCUCAGGACAGUUUCAAUAGCAGUAAUAACUCAACUCCAAAGAGUUCAAAGCGACCAACUAGUGCUGAAUCUUCCUCAAGCAAACACUCCUCACAAAGCUUUGAAUUGCCGAUCGGAGCCUUUUUAACUUCCUUACCUUCAUCAAAGUUGAAUACUCACAGAACACCAGUAACUAAGAGAACUGUAAGCACACCAGAAUCAUCUCAAUUAGGUGUCAAUGUGUCACUGACCAGCUUGGAACAAGUUCCUUUGGGAGUAUCUCGAUCCGAAUGUCCCUCUCCAGUUUCAAAAAUUGUUCAUGAUGACGAUAGUUUCUCAGUUUGUAGUGAAUCAAAAGUUGAUGACUUGAAGGACAUGAUGAUGGAUGAAGAUUUUCUGCAAUUAAAAAACAGACUCGCACAUUUAAAAACCGUCAUUCCUAAUUUCAAUAUUGAUUUGGAAAGCAUCCAUUCUUUGGAUGAUUUAGAGUUGGAAGACAUUUUAAAAAACAAAGAUGAACGAUUAAUCGGUGAUGAAACCCAGACAGAUCUUUCAGAAUUGAAUUUUUCGAAAGAAGAGUUAGAGUCUUUACAAGAAUUGGAAAAAGUAUCCCAAAUAACACUCGAAUCAGAAGAAACAAAAGAGAGUCAAACACCUUCGGAGGACUCCUCCCAAAACACAACGGAUAUGGUAAAUAUUGGAACGGUUAGCGAUCUGUUAGCCAAAACUUUGGAUACACCCCGAAUGGAUUCAUCAAUUAUGUUUUCUGAGUCUUCAGAAAUGGUACCAAUUUCAUUGAAUGCAGAUGACCCUAGAAGAAGCUUGGAGUUGUUUAUGGAGGAAUUAAAAUCCAGGAAAUUUGUAAUCCAGACAGAGGAAGGAGAAAUUGAAGAAAAUUUAGUGCAACUGCCAGAAGAUCUUGAACUCAUGACAAAAUCAGUCAAUAGUGAAAUAUUUGAAAUGAAAGACGACGUAAUUGUGCACCUUGCUCAAGCCAAUGCUAUUUCAAAAGAAGAAGCACUUCAAGAAAUUCAACCAGGUGACACUCUUGAAAGUUCUAUGAAAAAGAUUCAUAAACUGGACUUGUUAUUACAAGAAAUUGAAAACAAAGGAAAGACUACAUCUCAACUUGUUAGCCAAAUUAUGGAAGAACACAAAAGUGAGAGAGAAAAACUUAAAAAGACAAGUUUGAUGAAGUACGUUAGAAAUGUCAAUAAGCAAGAAAAGCCAAUGAGUUCCACAAGCUCUUCAUUCAAUAGUACUGCUCUAGUUCGAGCAGAUUCUGGAAAAGGACUCACUCGAAAGAGACCAACACCUAGAACUGGAAACAAAAAUGAUAGUUUUCUAAAAAAGAAUAUGACUAUUCGAGAAGAUGCUGUUUUCUUCCAAUUAUCUGAACAAGAGGAGGAAAGAGUUCGUGAAAUUGUUGCACAAGAUGACUUGCCAGAAGGUGUUAUUCCUUACGGUCAAGGCUACGAACCAAGUCAAGAAGAAAUUAAAAAGAUUGCGAACAUUGACGAAAAAUUGAAAGAAAUUGUUCCAGUUGAAAGAAGAUAUCUCUUUGAAGGAAAAGCAAUUUAUGAAGAAGGUGGAUGGAAGGGAAUGAACAAAACCUUUGACAGUGCUGUUGAGACUGCGGAAAAAGGCGACUACCUUCGAGAAGCAAGAAUUGAACGAGAGCAUAGAAAUAAGAUAAUGGACGUAGAAGAAAAAAUUGCACAAUUAUAUGAAAAGAAAUAUGAACCAUUAUCUCGAGAAGCCCUCAAUGAAUUAAUCCGACAAGCAAAAAUUGAAAAUGAAAUGUUUGAGAAAAGAGCUAACGUUGUGACUGAUACGAGAGAUGAUAUUGCUAUGACCACCAAAGCUAGCGGAUUUGAUUAA